AUGGCAUCGACCGAGGUCUCAGUUACGCAGGAUCUGCUUGCGCGCGCUCACAGCCCCGACAAUGCUCAGCGCAUCUUCAGCGAGAAGAUCCAAUACCGACCACUCUUUCUUCGACCGAACUCGCCUCCGCCCUCGGAGAAUGCCCGUCAAGCACGUCGCAAAGCGCGGGAGAAUAAGAAGAAACGUGCCAAAGCUUUGAAACCUCAGCCACUUUCCUCACGGGAGCGUCGCAAGCGUGGCUUGUAUAAUGUACCCAAAGAAGGGCGCAAGUUUGCCAUUUUUGAGCCCCUCAACCGCCUCUGGAACGGCUACAUGCGAGAGAUUCUAGGCAACGAGCUACACUCUGGCGGCCAGGGCGCCUCGGCGAAACUGGCAGCAGCGGACUACCACGGCGCUCGAGUGGAGGUCAGUAGAAGUCGAAAUCCUAGCCGAGUUGGGAUAGAAGGCAUUGUGAUAAAGGACACGCGAUUCGCCUUUGAAAUUAUCACGAAAAGAAACCAAGUAAAGCUGGUACCGAAAGAAGGGACAACCUUUCGCAUGCGGGUGCCUUCGAGCGACGAAACUCCCAACGAUACCGACGACAGCACAAUGAAGCAAUUUGAAUUCGAGGUGCUUGGUGACCAGUUUCAGUUUCGACCGGCAGAUCGAGCAAACAAGAAGUUCAGAGCUCACUAUCUGAAGUUGCUGUGA